CUUCCGGCCCGGGGGAGUACCUGUAGCCCCACGUUCCUCGGCCACUUCCGUCUCAGCGCGGCGCUGAGGGGCUCCUCCGGUGGGGAUGGCUGCGGCGGUGGCCGAGAGGCUACGAGGGGUUCUCCUGCCCCGGGCGGGUUGGCUGCCCACCAUCCAGUCUGUGCGCCAUGGCUCCAAGGCUGUAACCCGUCACCAUCGUGUCAUGCACUUUCAGAGGCAGAAGUUGAUGGCUGUAACUGAGUAUAUUCCACCCAAACCUGUCAUCAACCCAAGAUGUCUGCCACCUCCUCCCAGCCCCCCCAAGGAGGAGUCAGGCCUCAUCCGGCUCCUGCGUCGGGAGAUUGAAGCAGUUUUCAGGGACAACCGAAUGAUAGCUGUCUGCCAGAAUGUGGCCAUGAGUGCAGAGGACAAGCUUCUUAUGCGCCACCAGCUGCGGAAACACAAGAUCUUGGUGAAGGUCUUCCCCAACCAGGUCCUGAAGCCUUUUCUAGAGGAUUCUAAGUACCAAAACCUGCUGCCCCUUUUUGUGGGGCACAACCUGCUGCUGGUCAGUGAAGAACCCAAAGUCAAGGAAAUGGUGCGGAUCUUAAAGGGUGUGCCUUUCCUACCACUGCUAGGUGGCUGCAUUGAUGACACCAUCCUCAGCAGACAGGGCUUCAUCAACUACGCCAAGCUGCCCAGCCUGGCCCUGCUGCAGGGGGAGCUGGUAGGAGGGCUUACGCUCCUCAUGGCCCAGACCUGCUCCCUUCUUCAGCACCAACCUGUCCAGCUGACUGCCCUGUUAGAUGAGCGUGUCAGACAGCAACAUGAGGGAGACUCUGCCGGGUCAACUGGUGGGAAGCCAGGUCCUCCUGACCCUGCUCCGGAUUCCUAGCUGACCUGUUUUACCCAGCUCUGCCCAUAAAUACUCUCUGCCUCUGUUGUCUGUGCUGUUGGUCACUCAGAGAUCUGGAAGAAUUUGAAGUGGGGGAGUGACAUGUGUGACAUGGCUUCAAUUCCUGAUGACCUCCUGAGGGGACAGGCCACUUGAAGAUGCAGAGAAAUUCCGUUUUCCAAGGAGUGCUGUCCAUUAUUUUUACUUUCGUUAACCACUCUCUUUGUCCUUAGUUGCCCCAACAUGGAAUCUGAUAGGAAUGGCCUCAGUUCUCAGAACAAGACAGAGGAUGAAGAUUGUCCUGUCCCAGCCUCCCUGUCCACUGUCCCUGCUCUGUUUUCCCAACCUUUCCCCUCAGUGAUACAUCCUGCCAUGAUGGACCAGUUGGGGAACUAUGCUGUGAAUGGCAUCCACUGAGCCAUGUGCCAAACUGUGCCAAACAGUACGGAUGUUGACUCUUUUACCACGCUGUCCACAGAACAGGGAAGGGAGAGAAGUUUGAAGCCCUGGAUAAGGCUGUGCAGUUAGUAGGUGGCAGAAUAAGAGCUUUUGUUUCAAAGCACUGAAUCUCCACACUGGAACUUCUUCAUUGUUAUCCAGCAGUGGGUCUAGGUGGACUCGGAUGUUAAUGCUCUGCCCUUGGGGUAUGCUAGAUUGUGGAAGGGAUGGGAACACUGCUUUGUGAUUAAAUAAAAUGUAUUUUAUGGACUCUU